AGUGAAGAAACACCAAAAGAGGAAGCAGAAAUAGAAGAAAUAGAAAGAGGUAAAAAUAUAGAAAACAUGGAUAUAGUUUAUGUUGAAAUAAAGAGACAACAAUAUGAAAUGAAUAGUGACAAAGAAGCCAGCACAAACCUAAGUGUAGUC